AUGGUAAGAGUGUAUGCAAUAGCCUUUCGAUCAGCCAAUACUGCAUUAAGCUAUCAGACAAGACUUGCUACACUUGGACUGUACCGCUCACUUUUAAGAGCAAGUGAAAAGUAUGAACAACAUCCAGUGAUUUCAAAUGCGAUCAGAGAGCAAUUCAAAGCAAAUCGACAUGUUACUUCUCGUCCAAGAGUACUUGAAUUACUAGAUCAAGCCAACAAAAUCCAUACUCAUUUACAAAAAGCAGACUCACAUACAACAGAACGAGUGACACAAUAUGUUGCUGAUCACUUCAAAAAGAGACAUCCGCCACAGAAAAAGAAGAGCAAGAAAAGAAACUUUAGGAGACGAAAGCCCUACCAAAAGCCCAUCUUAGUCACGCACUGGACAGGAUACCAAUUUUAUCGUGUCAGGGGUUGGCGACAGCCCUUGAGGACAUCAAUGAUCAUCAAAAAUCUGGUCAAGAGACAGCAAAGAAGGCAGGAUCUCUAUGCGGAAUUGGCGGCUCAGUAUGAGAUGGCGCAGAAGGAAUUUCAGUUUGAAAAACAGUUGGGUAUGAGGCAGUCCUACCAUUGGCUUCAAACACUCAAUCUUAUAAAGGAAGCUAUGAACCGUUGUCAUAAAAGGAAUUUGAAGACAAAAACGAUAGAUCCCGUGAAAAAGAACAUGAUCCUUCAUGGUGAAGAGUUGAGUAAAGAAGAUUUAGAGACAGGAAAUGUUGUCAGUCUGAGACGAAAGAUGAAGAACCAGAACUUGCGACAUAAAAAGACUGUAGAAAAGUUCAAGACAAGAAGUGUUGGAAAAUAA